UGGGUUUGUUGGUCUAUAUAAGUGAGGCAAACUGCAGUGGCCGUUUGCACAUCGAGAUCCGGACACUGGAGCUGAUACUUGGCCUCCUGGAAGCCUAAAAGCGAGGAGAGAAGCUCACAAUGACUUCUUCCUCCUCCUCCAGCUGCGGCUUCUUUUUGUUCUUGUUUUGCUUCCUCUUCUUCUUCUUCGACGCCGGCGAGGCGUUUGCGGUUUUCGACCCGCAUUGGCACCCGGCGACUGCCACGUGGUACGGCAGCGCCGAGGGCGACGGCAGCGACGGUGGAGCGUGCGGGUACGGGACGCUGGUGGACGUGAAGCCGCUGCGGGCGCGGGUGGGGGCGGUGAGCCCGGUGCUGUUCAAGGGCGGCGAGGGCUGCGGCGCCUGCUACAAGGUGCGGUGCCUCGACCCCGCCAUCUGCUCCCGCCGCGCCGUCACCGUCAUCGUCACCGACGAGUGUCCCGGCGGGUACUGCGCCUCCGGCCACACGCAUUUCGACCUCAGCGGUGCCGCUUUCGGCCGCAUGGCCGUCGCGGGCGAGGCCGGCCAGCUGCGCGACCGUGGCGAGAUCUCCGUCAUAUUCUGCAGGACUCCAUGCAAGUACCCGGGAAAGAAUAUCGCGUUUCAUGUAAACGAAGGUUCCACGAACUUUUGGCUCUCUCUUCUUGUGGAGUUUGAGGGUGAUGAUGGAGAUAUCGGAUCCAUGCAUAUAAAACAAGCAAAUUCCAUGAAGUGGCUAGAGAUGAAGCACGUGUGGGGAGCGAGUUGGUGCAUCAUUGGGGGGCCUCUGCAGGGGCCAUUCUCAGUGAAGCUCACCACAUUGACCACCCAAAGGACCCUCUCAGCCCGGGACGUGAUUCCAAGAAACUGGUCUCCCAAGGCCACCUACACCUCUCGCCUUAACUUCCUUUGAUCGAAGAAGAAGAAGAAGAAGAAGGUACGCCAUCAAUGAAUGGCAGAAGAAGAAUAAAACCUUGAGAACAAGCCUGGUACAUGUUCCCGCAGGAAAUGCAAAGGCGAUCCGGCGGGCUAUGCAAGUGUGUUUGAAGU